AUGCCAGGAGCUAUCAUCCGCAGGAGCCGCUCGUCGAGAGUCGGUCCUGCCACCAAGCCCAUCUCCGCUACCGCGGGUAUCAACAAGUUCACCCGCAUCUCCAAACGCUCCAAUGUUGGCAAGGACGUCGUUGAGAAGAUCGUUGCCGAGAAGAUUGCGGAAACAGCCAUCGAGGUCACCACCCCGACUGUUGCUCCUGCGGCGCCACCUGUAGCAGCACCAUCAAAGAAGAGGAAGGCCGAGGACGAGUCAUCUGAGCAACCACAGACCACGCGAGCUGGAAAGCGGUCCUGCCGCCAACCGCUCGGAUCCGUGCCCGAGGCUCACCAACAGCUCCCGCGCACCCCGACGCAAACCAAGCCUCAAUCAUCCCGGCCGGGCGUCGACCUCACCGCCGCACAGCAAGCCGGCGCCCUAUUCGAGCGUCUCAACCUCCAGUCUCCGUCCUCCACGCGGACAUGGAGGGCAGACUCCACACCCUUUCCGCAGGAGCUCACCGACCUCAUCAACCUCCAGGGCGCCUUCCUCAAGACGGUCAGCAUCCACUAUGCGCACAACGGCAGCAACGUGCCCAUCGACGUCAAGAUGGUGUGCCCCGGCAUCGCGCAGGCCUGGGGCAAGCGCAGGGUGACGCUCGACGACGUCUGCCGCUGCAUCGGCGUCAUGGGCGCCGAGUCGCCCUUCUACGUGUCCGACUACGGCCGCGGCAAGGUCUGCCUCGAGCUGCACCGCCCAGGAGUACACGCGGGCCCGCUCCCCGAGGAGCGGCUCAACCGGGUCUUUGAGGAGCAGCUGCGGCGCGCCUGGGCCGCGAGGAGCUCGUCCGACGCCCGGCAGUUCGUCGCCGGCCUGCCCCGGGCCCUCGUCAAGAAGAGCGCCGCGUCGCUGGCCAAGCCGCCCGCGCUGGCAAAGGGCCAGCGCACGCUCGAAGAGCUCAAGCACGGCAUCGCCCUGAAGAAGCAGGAGAAGGAGGCCAAGGAAGAAGCCAAGAAGGCCGCCUCGUCGUCCUCGUCCUCGUCCUCGUCCACGUCGCCCGCCGCCCUCAACCCCGACGGCACAAAGAUGAGCCUGCUCGACCGCAUCCGCCUCCGCCAGCUCCAGCAGUCGCAACUGGAGGCGACGGGCCCCUCGGCGGCGGAGCUCGAGCGCAGGGCGGCCCUGCAGCGCGCCGACGACGUGGCGGCCGUCGUCACCAUGCUGAGCCGCGCGACGGCCGUGGGCCAGAAGCGCGUCUCCUUCACCAUGGGCGCCGUCCUGACCAAGCUCAAGGACUCGCUGCGCCUGCCCAUCUCGCGCGAGGAGGGCGCCGCCUGCGUCCGCACGCUGGCCAGGGAGAUCGCGCCCGAGUGGCUCAAGAUCGUGACGAUUGGCAACAGGGAGAACGUCGUCGUCCUGACCGAGUUUACGCCCAGCAAGGCGACUAUCCAGGAGAGGGUUCAGAAGGUGGGAUGUUAG